GUUUCUCCUUUCUUAAUCUCUGCAGGCAUUAGCCUAGGGUUUGGAGUAGUGUGCUUACUUAUUGGUACAUACUGGUUGUACAAAAUUUUAAAGAAGAGAAGGAAAAAGAACCUCCAGAUGCAGUUCUUCAAACAGAACGGGGGUUUAUUAUUGCAGCAACAACUUUCUUCAACUGAGGGUAAUAUUGAAAAGACAAAAAUAUUUAGUACCAAGGAGUUGGAGAGGGCAACUGACCAUUUCAACAGGAAUAGAAUCCUUGGUCAGGGAAGCCAAGGCACUGUUUAUAAAGGAAUGUUGGUUGAUGGAAGAAUUGUUGCAGUUAAGAAGUCAAAAGUACUGGAUAAAGAGAAAGUUAAAGAGUUCAUCAAUGAGUACAUACAUGAUGAAAAUGAAGACUUCCCAUUAACCUGGGAAAGACAGUUAACAAUUGCAGCAAAAGUUGUUGCUGCCCUUUCCUACUUGCACUCUGCAGCCUCUAUUCUCAUUUAUCAUAGAGAUGUCAAGUCCUCAAAUAUUCUAUUGGAUGAAAAGUACAAGGCAAAAGUUUCAGACUUUGGGAUAUCAAGAUCAAUUGCCAAUGAUCAAACUCAUUUGACUAUAAAAGUUCAGGGCACAUUUGGAUACCUAGACCCUGAAUAUUACCAAUCUAGUCAAUUUACAGAAAAGAGUGAUGUUUACAGUUUUGGAGUUGUCCUUGUUGAGCUCUUAACAAGAAAAAAACCAAUUUCUUUAGCAAGGGCAAAAGGAGGAAGAAGUUUGGCCUUUCAUUUCAUUCAUUCCAUGGAAGAGAAUAGUCUCUUUAGUAUUCUUGAUGCUCGAGCUAGGGAGAGUUCUACACAUGAAGAGAUAACAAAAGUCGCUAAACUUGCACAUCGAUGCUUGAGCUUGAAUGGUAAAAAGUGGCCAACGAUGAUAGAAGUUGCUAUGGAGUUAGAGCAGAUUCGUCUUUUGCAAAACAAUUCAAAUGGUCAACAGAAUCAUGAAGAGGUUACGUAUGUCAAAAGUGAAGUAACCAAUCUCUAGGAUGGUGCCUCGACAUCAAUAGGUUCAGGUUUGGGACUCUGGAGCUUCUUUGUCCAUAGACAUGCAACCAUUAAUUACCAAUAAACCACAGGAAUUUAACUGAUUUAUUGUAGAAUGCAUUUAUUCCAUGUUGAGGAACAUAAUAAGCUGUGUCUUUCUUUAGUGUUUGAAAAUUUGUAGUUCAUCUAAUUUUUAUUUUUGUUGCUUUGUAGUUUAAAGUUCAAAUAAAGUUUAUGCACUGCU